UUUUUAAACCACUUAGGCACUCCAGAUAAGUUAGUCUAAUAAUAAAUAGAUAACUAGGUAGUAAAAAAUCAUCAUGAUGUGUUAAUUGGCAGUAGGCAUUGAUGCAGUGAAUAGUUUUCGAUCUAUGUUGGACCUAAUCUUCAGUUUGUAUCAAAAUGAAAGCUAUGAAGAGUGUGGACGUGAAAGAGGAGAUUGCGGAGGUGCACACAGCUGCCCGUUCUCCCUCGCCCAAGCGGGCCAGCAAGCCGAAGUCCCGAAGUAGGUCGGGCUCAAGAAGAAUGUCUAACGGACCCUCUGGCGACAGCGGCAGCGGCGGCGGCGGGGGAGAUGCACCAGACACGGCCCAGGCACAAGCAGAAACCUCUGACAAGUCCAAAACCCGCGACAAUUGGAUCAAAUGUGACCAAAACGAGUCUUUAGACAUAGAGCUGCCAAUCCAUGACCAAAUAAAACAGGGGAUUUUGGGCUUUGUUGAAAAGGAGAUUCAGAAGGCGGACAGCACUGGCGCCAAACCGUCUUUUGUUUUCUAUUCUCAUGACCCCAGCGGCCUGGAUGAGAAGUUUCUGAAGAACCUGUCCCGCCCUUCCAGUGGUCACAAAGAGAAAAGAAGCCCGUCUUACAGGAAGAAGAAAAGACACUCUUCUAGAGCUAGAGAGAGAGAUUUGCAAGAGUUUGAGAUACCAGGGUCUAGUUUGAGUGCUUUAGAGAAGGUUGAUGAUUAUCUUAAGGAAUACAAUCACGAUGAAGUAGUGACUCUAAGUGGUGAGUUAGAAAUAGAGCCAAAUGAUGUAGAGAACAAUAAUGGAUCUUCAAAAGAUCACCGUCACAAGCCACGGAAGACGAGGCGGAAAGGCAGAGAUGAGAGACAGGAUUCAAAUGCUAAUGGAAGAGGAGUCAGUCCAAAAGUUUUCAAAGCGGCUUUGAAGAGUAAACCUAAUGCUAAACCAGCUCGACCAACGGAGCUGACAACAAUGCUGAAAUCCCUAGAAGGCUCCAGAACCUACCAUGACACUAGCAUAGACAAUCCAUUCUCCUCCCCAUCCCCUUUGACCUCCCCUAAUGAUGACAGAAUGACUCCGUUCAGUGGACGGAGGCCAGAGAAGAUUUACCUUCAAGGAGGCGGGACAUUUCGGGCUGUGUCCCGAGACAGGAUUCUUAGUGAAUCUCAGCCUCCUCGGGAAGAUGAUAAGUAUAAGGAACUAGCAGACUUCACGCCCGUAGACAUAGCCCUGGCCCUCCAGAAAGCCUGGCGCAACUGUUCCCCGGCCUGCCACGGGGUGCUCGGGGGCCUCUCGCUGAUGCACCUGCUGCUCAUCAGCUUCUCCGACAGUCUGGACGCCGGCCACCUGUCGUUCCAUGCCGUGGUUACUAUGCCCUAUGUGGCGGCUUAUUAUUUCUUCUGUGUGCUGUGUUUGCUGUCCGUUUUGGAUCGCCUCGACGUGGCCAGCCUGGACAUCUCCCGCGGCCCACAACUCUACUUCCAGCCGAUAGUGCUAGUGAUCCUCUACACGGCGUGCCUGCUGGUCUGUGCCGCGGCGCGGACGCACGACGAGCUCAUGGUCUACCAGUACACCAGCGCUGUAGGGAACCUCACGGGGAAUAUGACCACUCCCACAAUCCCGUCGUUCUACCACACGUGGACCCACCUCUCAAUAUGGCGAGCCGUCCUCUCCAUUCUCGGCUUGGUCUACUUCGUCAUAUCCAACCCUCAGGACAUGGUCUACGCGAAUCUAAGCAAGUUACUGCAAUUCAAGCACUCGCUACAAAGCAUCGGAUGAUAAGGCUGAAUGGAAUUAAGCUCUUUGCCUAACUAGUUUGUCUAUGGUCAAGAAACAAGAUGGCGUAAGGAAUUGGACUGAUGUAUGAUGUAAGUUAGUAGUAAAUACGUUGUUGCGUAAGGUAAGGCCUGGCUUGUAGAAUUUUAAGUUAAGUACAAAUAUGAUUUAUGAAUAAGUCAACAGUGUGAAAAAGUAUUCAUGGCAAAAUAUUCAAGAUUCCUAUUUAAAAAGAAACCGAGAUGUAUUUCGCGCAAAUCUAGCCAAUCGGAGACGGAAUCAUCGAAAUCACCAAUAGCAUGCGAGAUAAUAAGGUCCAAACGCUGGUGGCGCCAUCUAAAUAAUAAGGUCUAAACGCUGGUGGCGCCAUCUAAAGACAGUUCAGAUUUACUUUUUAUCUCUGAAAUAAGAAUGAACUAAAUACAACACUUUUUAAUUCUAUUAGCCAGGCUUUAAUUAGUAUUCAAUAAGAAAUAAUAUUAUUGCAUUUAAACUCUAGUCAAAUGAAAGUAUUAUGUAAAAAAUAUAAUUCAAACUAUUAACAUUCCAAUGAAAUAAAACUAUUUACCUGAACCUCAUUAUUAAAAAGAUAACAUUUCUCAAUAAUAUAAUAAUAUUACAUAUUAUGUAAGUAUAAUUAUAGUAAAUAUUUUGCGCUAAGUAUACUUGUUGGUCCAAACAAUAUUGUUUAAAAAGGCAUAGAAGUAAUACAUAAUAUUACGUAAAAAUAUGUAAUUCAUAUUUUUAUUUUGUUUCGUUGGCAGUAGCUAUCGUUUCUUCAGCAGAUAUGACUGUUUCACUGCCUGUAUUAAGGGGAUGUGAUGGUUUUUUGAAUAAAAUAUCAUUAAAAUAGGUUUAUCGAGUGAACAGUUACCCUACGGGAAAGCAGUCAUAAUUUGUUAACAAUUUAUAAAGAAAAAAAAACACUAUCGUAGUAGCUUUAUUUAUCAAAACUCAAACUCGCCUAACCUGAUCUCAUGGCAAGAUGUUUUUUUUAAUUUAAAACUAUACAUUCCUUGUUAUUUGUAUCGAAAUUUUACUACUUAGUCAAAACUACUGUAAUAAAUAAUAAUAAUACAUGUGAGUCUUAAGUAAAAUAUGUAUAUCAAAUUAUCUAGUCAGAGCCCAAAGUCUAUAUAAAAUAAGAUUUGUUAUGCUUUAAAAAUCUAAUUUUAAGAUUGUAUUGCACAAAAGUAAACAUAUCCUAUCGUUUAAAACCAUUAACACAGCAUGUAAAGUUACAUCUGUAUCUUUUAUUUAAGUGUGUGUAUUAAGGUAUAUGUUAAUUGUAUUCAUCAGAUAGUUUAUAUUAAAUAAAAAACUCAAAACUAAAAAUUAUGGAACACGCGGCAUUCUGAUGCAGUUAUGGUAACAGCCUUAACUAAAUCUAUAGACACCCGAUAAACAUUUUAACACACGAAUAAUAGUUUAUAGAUUUGCAAAAACUGUGUCAAGCGCCCGUGCAACCGAAUUUGAUCUUUUUUCGUUAGAACACAGUUAUUUUAUAUUAUUUAUUAAUAUAUUUAUAUCAAGAUAUACAGGUACUUAGAAAGGUAGGAAGGUCUGUACAGUUCGGUCAAAACAAGUAGAUAUUACACUUUUAUACCUUAUCAAACUGACCAUCCUAUUUAGACGGUCGAAUGGCGUAGUGGUUAGUGGCCCUGACUGCUAUGCCGAAGGUCCCGGGUUCGAUUCCCGGCUGGGGCAGAUAUUUGUUUAAAGACAGAUAUUUGUACUCGGU